AACCCAAGCUCCUGUUUCAACAAGUGACCCUGUCCAGAGAAGGAGAGGGGCGAAGGAGGGAGCUAUUUAAAGAAAGAAUCGAGCGAUCCCGAUCCAUGCCGGUGCGUUCGUAGAGGAACUGGGAAGUCUCCUUCAUUGACAGACCCUGCCUUCCCUCCAUCCCUCGGCGCCCGGGCUGACGAAGAUGGGAAAAGGGGCUGGGCGGGAAUAUUCGCCGGCGGCAACCACCUCAGAGAAUGGCGGCGGCAAGAAGAAGCAGAAGGAGAAGGAGCUGGACGAGCUGAAAAAGGAGGUGAACAUGGACGAUCACAAGCUGUCUCUGGAUGAAGUGAGCAGGAGAUACCAGGUGGAUCUGUCCAGGGGUCUAACGAACACCCGCGCAGCUGAGAUCCUGGCGCAGGACGGCCCCAAUGCCCUGACACCACCCCCAACCACCCCUGAGUGGGUCAAGUUCUGCCGCCAGCUCUUUGGGGGCUUCUCCAUCCUGCUGUGGAUCGGCGCCAUCCUCUGCUUCCUGGCCUACAGCAUUCAGGCCGUGAUGGAGGACGAGCCGGCCAAUGACAAUCUGUACCUGGGCGUGGUGUUAGCAGCCGUCGUUAUAGUCACUGGCUGUUUCUCCUACUACCAAGAGGCCAAGAGCUCCAAGAUUAUGGACUCCUUCAAAAACAUGGUGCCGCAGCAAGCCCUGGUGAUCCGGGAGGGCGAGAAGAUCCAGAUCAACGCAGAGAACGUGGUGGUGGGAGACCUGGUGGAGGUGAAGGGGGGAGACCGGGUCCCUGCUGACCUGCGCAUCAUCUCCUCCCAUGGCUGCAAGGUGGAUAACUCCUCGCUGACGGGCGAGUCGGAGCCGCAGACCCGCUCCCCCGAGUUCACCCAUGAAAAUCCCCUGGAGACCCGCAACAUCUGCUUCUUCUCCACCAACUGCGUGGAAGGUACUGCCCGGGGCAUCGUCAUAUCAACUGGGGACCGCACAGUGAUGGGCCGCAUCGCCUCCCUGGCUUCCGGGCUGGAGGUAGGCCGCACCCCCAUCGCCAUGGAGAUCGAGCACUUCAUCCAGCUCAUCACCGGUGUGGCCGUCUUCCUGGGCCUCUCCUUCUUCAUCCUCUCCCUCAUCCUCGGCUACACUUGGCUGGAGGCUGUCAUCUUUCUCAUCGGCAUCAUCGUGGCCAACGUCCCUGAGGGGCUCCUGGCAACUGUCACGGUGUGUCUGACCCUCACAGCCAAGCGCAUGGCACGCAAGAACUGCCUGGUGAAGAAUCUGGAGGCAGUGGAGACGCUGGGCUCCACCUCCACCAUCUGCUCCGACAAGACGGGCACCCUGACCCAGAACCGUAUGACAGUUGCCCACAUGUGGUUUGACAACCAGAUCCACGAGGCUGAUACCACUGAGGACCAGUCUGGUGCAACAUUUGACAAGCGCUCACCCACCUGGGCGGCCCUGGCCCGCAUCGCCGGCCUGUGCAACCGAGCUGUCUUCAAGCCAGGCCAAGAGAACGUCUGCAUCUCCAAGCGGGACACGGCGGGCGAUGCCUCCGAGUCGGCCUUGCUCAAGUGCAUCCAGCUUUCCUGCGGCUCCGUCAAGAAGAUGCGGGACAAGAACCCCAAAGUGACAGAGAUCCCCUUCAACUCCACCAACAAGUACCAGCUCUCCAUCCACGAGCGUGAGGACAACCCCGAGGGCUACAUGCUGGUGAUGAAGGGCGCCCCGGAGCGCAUCCUGGACCGCUGCUCCACCAUCCUGGCGCAGGGCCAGGAGCUGCCCCUGGAGGAGGAGAUGAGAGACGCCUUCCAGAACGCCUACCUGGAGCUGGGCGGGCUGGGGGAGCGAGUGCUGGGCUUCUGCCACCUCUACCUGCCCCAAGACAAGUUUCCCCGGGGGUUUAAGUUUGACGCGGACGAGAUCAACUUCCCCACCACCAACCUGUGCUUCGUGGGGCUCAUGUCCAUGAUAGACCCGCCCCGGGCAGCUGUGCCAGAUGCGGUGGGCAAGUGCCGGAGCGCAGGGAUUAAGGUGAUCAUGGUGACCGGGGACCACCCCAUCACUGCCAAGGCCAUCGCCAAGGGCGUGGGCAUCAUCUCCGAGGGCAACGAGACAGUGGAGGACAUCGCAGCCCGGCUCAACAUCCCCGUUAGCCAGGUCAACCCCAGGGAAGCCAAGGCCUGCGUGGUGCAUGGCUCUGACCUCAAGGACAUGAGUGCGGAGCAGCUGGACGAGAUCCUCAAGAACCACACGGAGAUUGUCUUUGCCCGCACCUCCCCGCAGCAGAAGCUCAUCAUUGUGGAGGGCUGCCAGAGGCAGGGGGGGGGGCAGGCAGCCGACAUGAUCCUGCUGGACGACAACUUCGCCUCCAUCGUGACGGGGGUGGAGGAAGGCCGCCUCAUCUUUGAUAACCUCAAGAAAUCCAUCGCCUACACGCUGACCAGUAACAUCCCCGAGAUCACCCCCUUCCUGCUCUUCAUCAUCAUCAACAUCCCGCUGCCCCUGGGCACCGUCACCAUCCUCUGCAUCGACCUGGGCACCGACAUGGUCCCUGCAAUCUCCCUGGCCUACGAAGCUGCAGAAAGCGACAUCAUGAAGAGGCAGCCGCGGAACCCCAAGACGGACAAGCUGGUGAACGAACGGCUCAUCAGCAUGGCCUACGGGCAGAUCGGUAUGAUCCAGGCCCUGGGUGGGUUCUUCACCUACUUUGUGAUCUUGGCGGAGAACGGGUUCCUGCCGUCCACCCUGCUGGGCAUCCGCCUGGACUGGGACGACCGCUCCAAAAACGACCUGGAGGACAGCUACGGGCAGGAGUGGACCUACGAGCAGCGCAAGGUGGUGGAGUUCACGUGCCACACAGCCUUCUUCGCCAGCAUCGUGGUGGUGCAGUGGGCCGACCUCAUCAUCUGCAAGACCCGGAGGAACUCGGUCUUCCAGCAGGGCAUGAAGAACAAAAUUCUGAUUUUUGGCCUCCUCGAAGAGACGGCCCUGGCUGCCUUCCUGUCCUACUGCCCUGGCAUGGGGGUGGCACUCCGGAUGUACCCGCUCAAGGUCACCUGGUGGUUCUGCGCCUUCCCCUACAGCCUGCUGAUCUUUGUGUACGACGAAGUGCGGAAGCUGAUCCUGCGGCGUUAUCCUGGUGGCUGGGUGGAGAAGGAGACGUAUUACUGAGCCCAGGUCUGGGCUGACCAGGCGGAUCCUCUCUCCGUGUCCCCGGGGGGAGGGCGCUGCUCCGCCCAGGCCACCUGGCAUCACCGCAAACCUUAGUGCUUAAUGGGGAGGGAGGGAAUCAGCAGCACACCUGUCCUGUGUAGAUUUAAUGCGUAGGCACUAACCUUGCUGGGUCGAAGGGACAGGACCCCGGAGCCCUGCCCCAGCUGCCCGGCCACACACGCUAGCUAGGCAGGAGCGAGGUGGAGCAGGCCUGCGCCCC